CCGAAAAGAUUAGCAAGAUCCCUAUGCAAGGGAGAAUGUUCUACUGAAUCUUUGCCUUACUAAAUGUAUGAGUCUACUAUUAGUAUAUUUGAAAACUUUGUCUACUAUUAAUAUAGACUCAUUUAUUUAGUAAGGCAUUUAUUAUAUAGACUCAUUUAUUUAGUAAGGCAAAAGUUUAAUAGAUAUAUUUAUAGAAAUAUAAGCAAUGCAUUAUAAAUACACACCCUCAGUUCAUCGUUUGCAAAUGUUUGAAUAUUAAUGUUUCAAUAAUAUUGUGUUACCCAUGUUCAAAUAUAGUUCUAAUUCACACAUUGUUUGCAUAUACAUAGAGCAUGUGCAUGUGGCUACAGAAUAUAUGCACGCCGCUAUUUAUCGUCGGUGUGACAGUUUUCCUAACCUUAAUAGUGAUCAACUUUGUCAAUUAAUAUCUUAUUUCGUAGUAGAGAGUGACGAUUUUUCCAAGUAGAAAAGUUGUUUGUCUUUAAAAAACGCGUCGAUUGAGUAUUUUUUCAUCAAAAUCGAAAGGCUAGAUUAUAUAUUUGCUGCCAAUCUGUAUGGUCAACAAAUUGUUCAUGAAACAAUCAUAAAUGCAUUGCGUGGGCAUUUUUAUACCCACAAUUCACCAAAAGCACUAGUCAUGAGUUUCCAUGGUACUCCAGGAACUGGAAAAAAUUAUGUAGCACAAAUGAUUGCCACGUCUCUCUACAAAAAGGGGAUCCAGAGCCGAUAUUUUCAUUUCUUCAAUGGCCGCAAUGAUUUUCCUUUGCAAAAGAAGAUAGAUGAUUAUAAGGAGGAUCUAUAUAAAAUCAUUUCCAACAGCUUACAACAAUGUGAGAGAUCAAUGUUCGUAUUUGACGAAGUGGAUAAGAUACCAGAAGGCCUAUUAAACGUACUGGUGCCGUUCUUAGAUUACCAUAGUUACCGCAAAUCAUCAAAGCACAGUGAAUCAAUACAUCAAAACAAAGCAAUCUUCAUCUUCUUAUCCAAUACUGGUAGUGCACAGAUUGUACAGCAUCUUGUUGGUCUGUGGAAAAGAGGCAAGAAACGAGAGGAUACGCGACUACAGGAUUUCGAGAAGCUAAUAGCCGAUGGUGCGUUCAAUGAAAAAGGUGGUUUCUAUCAUAGCGAUGCCAUACAGACCAGUGUGAUCGACCACUAUGUGCCAUUUCUGCCGCUUGAAGAAGUACACGUGAGGAAAUGCUUGGUACGCGCUUUUGCUGAGCGAGGCGUUGUUUCCCCAAAGGAGGAAAUGAUUCAAGAGGUUCUGUCGCAUCUGACGUUUGGACCGGAGCCGCAUAACUUAUACUCGAUGGCUGGCUGUAAAAGAAUUGAACAAAAGGUUGCUGCUAUUGUGUAUCGCAAAUCUACAUCGUAAAUAAAAAAAUACUGUUUAAACAAAAGUGAUACUGAAAAUGACAAAUAAUAACGAUGAUAAGUACAUAUAGUAUGUUUUGUAUAACAUCUCGGUGAAAUUCCUUAUUCGACAGAAUUUAUUGAUACACAUCCAGAAAAAUGUUUCACAUUAAAACAAUAAUAAAAUUACUUGUAUACUUACACAAUAAAGAGAUAAGUAUUUUUAUAUGCAUUUA